AUGGAGGCGUCCGCGCCCGACGCGCCCGCGUCGCCGGCGGCGCGCAGCCCCCCGGGGGACGUGGAGGAAGGCAGCGCGCCGCGUCGGCUGAAGAGACCUUCGUACGAAGACGACGAAGACGAGCCGCUGCGCGUGUCUGAGAAAUCCAAGAAGAAGAAGAAGCUGAAGAAGCGCGAGAAGAAGCGCGAUCGGCAGGGCGCGGAGAAGAAGCGGAAGCGCAAGAAGAAGCGGUCUUCCUCUGCGACACGGAAGAAAAAACGCCACAGAUUUCUGAAGGACAGCGCGCGCGAGGGCGAGGAGGAAGACGAGGACGAAGAGCGCCGCAGACGCGUGUCCGACCGCAGCGACUCGGAGGACGAGAGCGAAGAGGAGGAGUCUGCCUCAGAUGAGGAGGCGGAGAUCGCGAAGGAGAUGAAGGGCUUCAUCGUCAGCGAAGAGGAUGAAAGCGGCGACGAGGAGGAAGGCGAAAGCGACGACAGCGAGAAGGACGACAACGAGGAGGGCCUGCAGCAGCUCGACGAAGAAGAUCUUGCGCUGAUUGAGGAAAACACGGGGUUGACCGUCCGCAAGCAGCCGCUGCGGCCGCCGGGCGUGGAAGACGAGUCCGCGGACGAAGAAGCCGGCGAGACGCAGGACGGGGAGGCAGGCGGCGGGCGCGCAGACGCCGCGGCGUCCUUUCCUGCGGAGGAGCGCAGGUAUCGCCGGCUGAAGAAGCAGCAUGAGCCGCGGGUCUCGAAGACUGGCGGGGUGUCUGAGGCCGAAGGCCAGAGCGAGCGCGACGAUGGUCACGAGGACUGGCUGUUUCUCGACGAAGACAAGGGCGAGAAUCGUCUCCUCGACUCCGGCGAGGGAAGCUUGGCUUCCCCUGUAACGGCCUCCGCGCUGGAAGACCGCGACGGCGACCGAACCGCUGGGGCUGCGGCGGCGCUCGUCGGAAAAGGCCUUGCGCCGGCGAAGCGCGGGUUGCUCAAGAAGGCCGCGGGUCGCUUCUCCGCGGCGGGCGCGCGCGAAGACCGGGCGGACGUGAGCGACGAGGACGAGGAGGCGUGGCUGGAGGAGGAAGACGCGCUGCGGGAGAGCUCCACGCAGCAGCGCAUGGGAGAGACCUGGGGCCUCGUGUACGACUGCUUUGGCGAUGUUGAGGCCGUAGUCCGCAUCCUCUGCAACCAGCGGCCGCCGCGGCACGCCUGGCCUCGAGACGGAGAAGAAGAUGACCUGCAGGCUGGCGACAGCGAGUUCGGCGACAGAGCCGCGCGCCGCCGCCGCGACGCACUCCUCGGAGACUGCGAAGACGAGGAAUCCGAGGAGGCCCGCGCCCGCAGCGGUAGGGUGGACAGGACAGGGGGCCGCCGCCUGCCUGGAAAGCCCGGAAGCAGACGCGGCGACGGUUGGGAAGCGAUCGGCGAACCCGACGAAGUCAAGCGCGAAUUCCUCACGGCCUUCGACGAGCAAGUGCGCCGCGCAGACGAACCCGAGCGGCUCUACCUCAGAUUCCUAGACCGACCGAAAACCACCUCCAAGGCGGCCUUGGUGUUGGAGAGCAAGUGGAUCACGACGCGUUUGUUUCGCGAGUUUGGCGCGCAGCUGACGGAGGAGGAGCUUCAGAAGCGGUACUUUGAUUCGUUUUUCGAGGGCUGUCGGCUGCGUCGGUCGCCGCAACACGACGUGAGGCAGAAGGUGAUUCUUCUUCUUGACUGGGUGCUGAACGAGCGACUCGAAAUCGUCUUCAUUCUGCACCACAAGCUCCAUUUGCUGGCGCCGCCGCUCACUGAGGAGAUGAUUUGGCGCGUCUACGAGCUCGACCAACAGUACGCGCGCUUUCUGGCGAAGAAGCGCAAAAUCUUUGAGUUGAUUGAGGAAGUCGUGGACGGCGUCGCGCUGCUUCAGGGCGCGCGGCAGAGCGAGGAGGCCCGCCAGCGUCUCCUGCAGACCUGGGCGUUGUGCACCGAGAAGCGCGACGACGCCCGCAGCGGCGGACGCGGCCUGUGCGACGGCAGCAGACGCGCGGAAGACGACUUUGACGCCGCGGAUCAAGGCGACGAGAUCGCGCUCGAGGACUUCCGCACCUUCCUCCACGCACACUACCGUCAGUUCAUCGCCACGGCCCGCGAAGCUCUGCAGAAGAAGCUGCUCGCGGAGGACGGCGACGCCGCUUGCGGCAAGCGCGAGGCGGGCGAGGAGGAAGACGCAGAAGACGCGGGCGACCGCACAAAGGCGUCACGGCGCGCGGCGGAGCGACAAGGGCCCUUUGGAGCCGACGGGACUCACGAAGAAGAGGAAGACGACGGCCUCGGGCUCUCGCCGGCGCGCCGCGCGGCAGACCGAAAUGGGGAGGGAGUCCCCAGCGAGGAGGAGCCAGACGCGGAGAAGGAGGAAGAAGACUGGCUGGUUCGACAGGACGACCUCGCCGCGGCUUCGCCGGACGCCGCGCGUGACCCGCAUGCGGCCGAGGCUGCUGCUCAUUCCGCCUACCUGCUGAUGACGGAGCAACAGGGUGCAGGCGCGUCGCAGCUGGGAGGGGGCCUUCAGCUCGAUCCCUCGCUUCCUCUGCCGCCCCCUCCCGAGGAGCUGCUUCAGCUUUCUUCGCAGUUGCCUUCCGCGGCCCCGGCGCUCGCGAGCGGAGCCCGCCGCGCCGACGGUGCGCGCGAGGAGGAGGAGGCGGACGCCUCCGCGGAGCGCGGAGACAGUGUAGCUGACCUGUCUGAGGAGAGCGGCGCCGCGCCGCUGUUUCGGUCCGAUGCCGUCCUGAACGUCACCCCACCCUUCUCGCCGUCCUCGUUCCUGGGGCCGCGCGAGCUCCGCGCGGAAGCGGCGACGCCGAUCGAGGCCGAGGAGCCCAGAGAUGGAGACGAGGGCGCGGAGGCGUUGGAGGCUCGUCGCGGCUCUGUCUCUUCGUCUCUCAUCGCAGGGUGCGGCCCAGCCGCGCUGUCUCCUCGCCGCGUGUCUGCCUCGAUGCGGGAUGGCGUCUGCACGCCUGCGGCUCGUCCUUCGCAGGCGCUCUUCGCGGACGAGAGUCUCUGCCGCGCGUCGCCGUCCGGCUUUCCUCACGACCGCGAGGAGGAGCCCGUGGUCGCGGGCGACGGCUCGCCGAUGGAGGAAGAGGAGGACGAGGCGCCCACGCAGCUCGUGGGCGGCGGAGGCGACGCGCCUGCCUCCUCGGCUGGCGAGGGGCGGCAGGAGGCGGAGCACAACCCGCGAGAGGGCGCGGGCGAGGAGGCGCCUGCGCCGACGGCCUCGGCGUGGAAGUCCCGUUGGGGCGUUCAGGCGCCUCGCCCUGACGGCGAGCGCGAGAGGGCGCCGCGAGUUGACGCAGGCGAUGAGCGCGAAGCGGCUGCUUACCGCAGCGGCCGCGAGAGGGAGGGCGGCGGCCGGGGAUGGAGUCAGGGCGAUCGCGUCUGGCGACGCGAGGACGAAGAGCGCGAGCGGCGCUGGCGAGACGAAGGCGCGUACGACGCCCACGGCGGGGCGGAAGGCCGCAGAAGCAGGCCGCGAGAGCGAGAAGACGCCGCGCGAGGGGGGGAGGAGCGGCUCAGAGAGCGGCGCGAGGAGGACGAACGCGAGUACGCGGAUCACAGGCGACGCGACCGUGACGACGGACGCGUGCCGCCGUCCCAUACGUCGAGUGACAGCUACUACGGCGACCGCGAGCGCGGCUCGCGACGCCGAUCGGCUGCAGAAGACCGCGGAGGACGAGAGGACUACUACGACAGACAGAGCCGAAGCGGCCACCAGUCCUGGUGGAGAGACGCGUCGCCUCUCUCCCCGCGCGACCGCGCAGAGCGGGAGCGACGCGAAGGCGACAGAGAGUGCGAAAACGAGGGUCGCGGCCGCCUCCGCGGCGAAGACGAACUUGCAGAAGCCAGCGAGGCAGCCGAGUGGGCGGCACUCGAGCAAGAGGCCCUCGAAGAAGAGCGAAAACUCGUGCUGGAGGAAAGAGAAGAGAAAUUCCGUCGCCUCCUGCACUCGACCGCAGCCGGCGAACAGCCUGGGCUGCGCGUCGGCGUCGGCCUCCGCGAGAUCCCCGGGCUCGAGGCUAUCGAGCUGGCUGAUCGCUACAACAUUUUCUCGCUGUGGGAGGCGUAUCUGUUGCCUCCGGACGCGUUCGUGUCGAAUUUGGAGGCGCUGUCCUUCGCGUCUUGUGCGUUUUCGCCGUCACUCUUUGCCUCGCGCUUCUCGGCGUUGCUGCGCCCCACGGAGACGCCGCACAUUCCGAUUGCCUCGGGGGCGGCGCUCUCGAGUGUGUUGACGUACGCGGCCUCGUCGUUCCUCUCGCAGUUCGUGCCGCAUCUGUUUUUGAACGCGUCGCCGGAUCUUCCGCACAGCAGCCUGGAGAAGCUGCCGCGGCUGCCCGUGGAGACAGUUGAGAACCUCGAGGCCGCCGGCGACGCGUGGUGCACGCCCUUCUGCGUGCACCCGUUUGACUCGGGCAAGCAGCUGAAGCGCGUCCUGGUCGCCUACUACGCGAAGAUCCUCGCCUCCUACCCGCCGCUGCGCAGCCUCAUUCGCAAGCGCUUCCACCAGAUCUGCUCACUGAGCACGCUGACCACCGUGAAGGGCGAGGCGGAGACAGACCCCGCCAAGCCCUGCUGGCUGGCCCGGCGGCUCUGCCGGCUGCCGCUUCUCAAAUUCAUCAACGGAAUUCUUCCCUCCUUCGAGGAGGCGCCGGCGAUUUCGCCAUGGAAAGACCGCGCGCGGCGCAAGGCGGAGGAGGAGGCGCGGAAGGCUGAGCAGCGGGAGCAUCUCAAGAAGUUGGUUUCGCUCGAGGAGAAGCGCAAGUACUUGGAAGAGGUGCAGAACGAGCUUCGGCGCGAAGAAGAUGAGCGUCUGUCGCCAGCAGAGGGCUCGAUGACGCGCGCGCGUCGCCUGGAGACGCUGUUGAAGAAGCGGCAGGAGACGCGGUGCACAGAGCUCUUUCUGCAGGUCUACCGCCUCGAGAAGGCAGGCGAAGUAGGGCUCUACAUUCAUCCGCAGACCUCCGUGGAGCAGGCUUCGUCCCGCUUCUUUCACCAGAAGGAGUUUGAAGAGCGCCACAGGGACUUCCGGCGCAUGUAUCGCAGCUUGGUGAUCGACAAAGGCCGGGAGGCGCCUGCACUCGAGGCGCUGGCGAUGAACAAGACGGCGGCGGACGCGUUCGGCACCGGCGUCGGCGCGUCACUGGUCUUCGACCUCGUGAAGCAGAAGCGCUUCCUGGAUGCGGAGCAGACUGCGUUUCUGCGCAGUCGCGCCCAAGACGCCUUCCUCGUUCAGCGCCUCAUCGACGAGCUGCUCGCCGCUUACAGUCCGCAUCUCUGGCAAGCCUCCACGAGCGCGGGCAACAUCGGCAGCCGCCACUUUGCGGCGUUCUUCAGCGAAAAGGCGCGCAACACGCAGAGGAGUCUCCACCCCGGCGUGUCUCACCACGCGGCGGGCGGCCCCCGGGGCGCGGGCGCGGAAGAGGAAGGCGAGUCGUUCACCCAGUUCCUCCAGCGCAGCGGAGGCAACGUGUCGGCUGCGAACGCCUCGAGCGCCAUGGCUGGCUGGCUCCACAUUCAGCGGGAGAUUCUGCGGCGCGUCGUCGAGGCCGAGUUGUUCCCGAUUUUCAAGCGCGAAGUCCGCGAGGAGCUGCUGCAGCGCGCCCAGCAAGUCGUCGUGACGCGCUGUCGCGAGAUGCUCGAGUGGCGCCUGAACACGCAGCCGCUGCGGCCGUCGCCUGAGCAGAUUCGCAAGCGCCAGCAGCGCGGAGACGACGACGGCGAGAAGCGCAGCAAGAAGGCGCGGCGGAAGCGGGGGGAACGCGAGCACGCGGACGCCAGGAUGGCCUCCUCGAGCGACGAGGAGGACAGCGACUUCUUCGGUGGCGAGGACUCGGACUCGAGCUCCGGCAGCAGCAGCCUCUCGUCCUCCUCAGAGGCCUCCUCGAGCUCCGGAGAGGAGGACGAAGACGCGUACGCGGUCUCCGGCGCCUUCCAGACCGAGCGCAAGCGCCAGAAGGCGGCGCGCCGACAGCGAAAGCUGCAGAAGCAGCAGCGACUGCUCGAGCGAAAGCGCCGGCUGUUUCAGGAACCCGCACUUGUCGAGGUGCUUUCCUUCGUGAUUGAGCAUGUGCACCAGGACAUCUCCGCGGAGCUGACCAACUGCGCGACUGUGGGGAGCGCCGUGGACACGCCGGGCGUCGCGCGGAAUCCGCUCGGGGCGAAGCGCCGCAGCCGCGUGCGCGUCCACGCGAUGCUGGUGAACGCCUGGGGUGAGAUGGACGAAUACGACGUCUACGAGUUUCUGCUGAACGCGCCGCUGCCUUCGCAGAGGGACCUCGACGAAGCGGCGCAGACCGGCAACCAAGACCUGAGCCAGGCAGACGCGACCAACGGGCAAGUCGGCGCCCCGCGCCCGACCGUCAUCACCCCCGAGCAACGCCGCGCACACGACGACUUUGAGCGACUCCUCCGCUUCUUUAAAGAUCACUUCAUCGACGCUGCGGUCGUCGGCGUCCGCGACCGAUUCGCCCUCCUGCUUUACUUGAUCCUCAAGGAGCGCCUGCUCCCCAAGCUGAAAAAGAAGGCGCAGCCGCUCUUCCUUGAACUCGCCAGUCUCGAAGUCCCCAUCAUUUGGGCCGGAAGCGACAAAGUCCCGCCCGCCCUCAAACAGAAACUUGACCGGGAAGGGUUGAUGUGCCUUUCGCUGGCGCGCUCGCUGCAGGAUCCGCUGGCGGAGAUCGCGGGGCUGUGGAGCGAGGGCCGGCAGAACUCGCUGCUGCAGCUCAAACUCCACCCGCUGCAGAAGCUGGUGCCGUCAGACCGCCUUCAAAGCGCCCUCGAGCGCGUCCUGCUCACUGCCGUAGGAAAAGUCGGCGUCGAGCUGAAGCGCGCCUUGCGCGGGGGGUCCGCGGCGCUGGGCGGGAAUCCGAGCGCCGCCCUCCUGCAGUUCGUGCCUGGUUUAGGCCCGCGCAAGGCUGCUCGCCUUCUCAGCAUGUUCAAGAGCUCCACGCUGCUGAUGCGGUCUCAGCUCUGCGCGCCGAACGACGGCGGGAACUCAGACAGCGAUUCAGGCGGCGGCGGCCGCGGCGACCUCGACGACUUCCAUCCUUCGCAAGUGCAGAGCGAGAAGCGGCAGUCGCAGCCCGUCGGUCUAGGCCGGCAGGUCUACAUGAACUGCGUCUCCUUCCUGCGGCUGAAGAACAAGACCUCCGACCCCGAGUCUGUUGACGCACUCGACGACACACGCAUCCACCCGCUGGAGGGGCGGAGCUUCGUGGCGAAGAUCUGCCGCGACGCCGUCGCGGAGAAGGAGGAGGGGAACGCGAAUGGCGAGGAGGAAGGCGGCGAGCAGGGCGGCGACGGGGGCACGGGGCGCCGCGACGACGAGGCCGACGACGACGACGCGAUCGUGGAAGUGUUCAAGAAACCAUCUUUGCUCGACGACAUGGAUCUCGAGGCCUUUUCGCAAAUGCUUGCUCAGACAGAGGAGCAAGCGAGAUCUCUUCCGUACUUAGAGUUCAUCACGUCGGAGCUGCGUCACCCGUACCGAGAUCCGCGGCUGCCGUUUGAGUCGGCGAGCGAGAUGGAGGUUUUCUUCUGGGCCGUCAACGAAGACAUGGAAGACUUCCACGCGGGCUCGAGCGUCUCGUGUCAGGUUGUUUUCGUCCGCAACACCUCUCUAGUCGUGCGCCUGCAGCCCUCCGGCAUCCGAGUGCAGCUGUCUGACUUGCGUGAACUCCGCUCGCUCCUCGCACUCCGCACUCAAGUGAAACGCGAAAACCCAGAACUCGAACAGCGGCCCUACGAAGACCUUUCGCCUCUGCUAGGAGAAGUGCUUCACGGCCGCAUCGCGUUUUUGCAUUACGGUAUCGAACUCGAGCGCUCGGGCUUCCCGACGUACUGCGUGGAAGUUGUCGUGACUGGCGACGUCGUGAAGGCUAUGGUCGCGCAGAAUCUCGUGGCAGACAUCUCCCUCAACUCAGUUCACGCCUACCUCUCCCCUGCGGCGAGAUUCGACGGGCUCGCGGUGCGACGGCCUCUCACAGUCGAACUGGACGAGCUCCAGCUGCAGCAGCAGAAGCAGCGACAGCGCGUGCGAAGGAAUAUUCGGCAUCCAAACUACAAGCCCGUGACGCCGCUCAAGGGCCUGCAGCUCCUCCAGCGUGCAGAGGUUCCCGUGGGAGAAGCGCUUUUCCGUCCGGGGACUUCCGCGGAGGGGCUGACGCUGAUGGUGAAGACGUGCUCCGAGCCCUUCAGGUGUUUGUCGCUACCGGUUGAAGAGCGGCACGCGCUGCUGGCUGCGGACAAGUCCCCCGAGGGUCUGGCCGCGGCGCUUCAGCAGCAGGAGCAGCUGGGAGGCGUCGGCAGUGAGUUGAUUCUGCAGGGCGAGAAAUUCGACUCGCUGAACGCCAUCAUCGCGCAGUUCUGCGACCCCCUAAGAGUCAACUUGGAGGAAGUCUUCAGACAUCCGAAAUACCUGCCGAUUCCGGACUUGGCGCUUGCCGCCGAGAAGCUGCGACAGGAGGCUGCGUCGCGUCCGGGCUCGAUCAUGUGGGCACUGCUGCCCCCUGCGGCCCCCGCGCCGGCGGUCGUUGCGGGGCGGGACCCCCGUAACGGGACUGAAAACCCCCUGCGCUUCCAGCUCGUGGUUUUGCCGCCGCAGCCGCCGCAGGCCGCAGCUGUGGGCGGCGCCGCACGCGUGCUUGUCGACGGCAUCUACGUAGAUCACAAGAAGUUCUCGCUGUGGAAUCAGGAACACAAGUCGCUCCAGAAGCUCGUCUGCUGGUGGAAGGAGAAAGGCUAUUGGAGGCGCCAAGAACUGCUGAAGGCGUACGCUGAGGAGAAGGCCCGGCUGCAGGAGGAGCGGAACCGGAAGCGACAGGAGCGUGAGCACCUCAAGAUGUUGGAGGAAAAGAGAGAAGAAGAGGAGCGCACGACCCAGCGGCAAUACGUGGCGACCUACAUCCAGCCGCGCAACGAACAGAGUGCGAAGGAGUGGUACGAGCGCGCGCUGCGGCGCCAGAAGAACUACGAGCCCCGCGCCGCAGGGACCGUCGUGGAAAACGCACUGGGGUCAUCUGCCGACCGCGGCGGGCGAGGCGGAGAGCGGAGGACGCCGAAUGCCUUCCCGGGGGGCGGCGACGCGUACUUCUCAGGGCCCUACACUCAAGGUUCUGCGUCACUGCAUGCGAGGCCAUCGGGCUACGCCGGGGGUUCGCCCCACGGCCGCGGCGAAGCCCGCUCCAGCCCGCGCCGCGAAGGAGACGACUUCGGCCGCGGAGGCCGCUGCGGACCCUUCAGCGCACCCGAGCCCUUUGGCAGCGGCCCCCCCGAGUUCGCGCACGCGGAGCUGACGCACGGCUACGCCUCGGGUCACAUGGGUCGCGGCAGCAGGUCGUUUUACUACGGGGGCGACGCGCGGCGCCCAGACGACGGCAGAGGCUCAGGAUAUCUUCCAGGCGCGCACCGCGGCGGCGGGCGGGACGCCGAGCGCACCAGUUUUGAGAGGGGCGACAGAGAGCGCGAGGGAGCUUGGCAAAGAGACGACGGACGACGUAACAGGUUCGGCGGCGAACGCGGGGACCGGUGGGGCAGAGAUAGAGACGACAGAGACAGCCACCGACGAGCCCAAGACCUGGACGACGACCCCUUCCGCCACGGACUCUAA